UAAAAAUUAAAAUUAACUAUAUUUAAUGCACAAAAAUGGGCAAGCGAAAAUUUAACAGUGAUAAGGAUAAUUCACCUAAAAAGGCAAAGACUAGUGUAUCUGAAAGUACAGAAAACGUUGACGAAGUACAACCUCAAAAUGAGGCUGAAGAUUCGGAUAAUAAACAAAGUUUUACUUCCAAAAGAGAUGGAGGUUUCGAUGUUAAAUAUUUCCGCAAAGAGCUUGCCGCUAAGCAGGGGCAGACAAUGGCUCUCACACAAUUCCUGCAAGUGUGCCUGAAUCCAGAUAGCCCUACUGACUACUUGCUGGAGUACCUCAAGUGUGGAGGCAACUCUCAUGAAAUACUUCGGCAGAUCACUCCGGACAGUAAGAAAAACCUCACUCUAGCCACUCCAGCGUUCCACAUCUUUCACCUUAUUAUUGUAAAGGUACAGUCCUCCCUCCCCCACAUGAUUACCAUCACGGAGGAAGCUUGCCGCUACUUCCUCAACACAUUCAUGUCAACCAUUGAGAUUAUGAUAAGUGAGAGCUCAGGACCUCGCCACAGGAAAGUAGUUCUUAAACUGUUGACAUCAAUGGUCACUUUAAAUUCAGAUCUAGGAGUGGAAGUGCUGAACCAGGCACCGUUAACUCCUAAACAUUUGCAGCAUGUGGUUGAGAAGCCAAACUUUAAAGAAAAGGAUAAUGUGAGAACAUCAUUUGUUCACUUCAUGACAUCAUUCUUGAUCGAGGGUCACUUACCUUUGAUAAAAGCUCUGUUAGAGAAGCAAGGCUUGUUAGCUCUGGUUAUACCAGGGUUGAUAAAUGAUGAACCAGAAGCUGUAUUAAUCUUCUUGAAUAUUCUAAAAAAGAAUGUAGUGGAUAAUGCAUUGAUUUCAAAAAGUCUCAAAUUGAAGACUUUCAGUCAUCAAGUUCUACACAAUUUGUUUAAAAUAUUCUCAUGGAAGGGCCCUACAGAGAUAAGCCAGGAAGUCAAAAAUGAGUUGCGCCCUGAGAUCAUGAAUUUAUUGAGUGAUAUUAUUCUGACAUUAUUUACUUCACACAAAACAGGUCUUUAUUUUAUUGAUAACUCACUAGGAACUGUAGAUGCACAUAAGAAUCAGAAUCUGUACAAAGCCCUGUUAACACUGAAGAGACCUUGGGAGAAUGAACACGAAUGUGAAGUUAUUUUAAAUAUUAUCUACAAAUGUCCAGAUUUACACAGAGCUAUAUUCAGUGUGAUUGAACAGAGCUUUGAUCCUCAACAUUCCCCAAUAUGGGAAAGAACUGUAGAUUUUACCAUCAAGCUGUUAAACAAGUUAAGACCAGAAGAAAUGGUAUCAAGAAUGAAUCAACUUAACCCAAUUCAAAUUGCAAAUUUUGUGAGGUUCAUAACUCUACCAGUUCCAUUGUUAAAGUUCAUUCAUAUAAACUUGGGUAAAGAUCAGACAGUGUCUCUGUACUGUGUGAAGGUGCUAGUCAAAAUGUUGCAGGCGCUUAAGAGAUACUUACAGAUUUUGGAGGCAAAAGAUAUAGCACAGAUAACUGAUUUACAAAACAAGUUGGAGUAUUUCAUUCCUAAGCACUUGCCCACUCCGGCUGCUAUAGUAAUGCUAAUAGAAAAUGUGACAUCUGGCAAGACUGAUGCAGAAAACACUAAGGAUUAUAGACUUCCCAAAAUAAAUGACACAGAUGCACUUAUAGCUCUUGUAGAUUUACUGUUGCUUUAUAAUGACAUCCAUCCAACGUAUUUUGAAACUUUAGAAGGCAGUAUAGACAUGAAGAAAAUACUAGAUUUCUCUAAAACAUUGGAGAGUGGUCAUGUAGCGCUAUUGAAGUUCAAAGUUGUGUCUCUUUGGCUAACUCUAGACAGCUCUGCAAUAUCUCUGAAAAACCCAAUGUUUAAAGAACUAUUUCUUAUAAUGUUAGAUGUUUACAUGAGUGAAGAUGACGAUACAUGGAUUGAAGCUAAAGAUACGUUGCGCAUUUUCUUUAAAAACACAUCUAUAUUUGAAGGAGAUGAAGAUGAGAUACAUUUAAUUUUGUACACAUUGAGAAACGCAAAAGUAAAUCCGUCAUCCCUGAUCGGCGAUAUUGUGGAAUAUGUGCUCGAAAAUAUCACAGACUUGACAGAAUAUGUAAGAAAUCAAUUGGUACACUUUGAGAUUUCGUCAGAAAACACGCAAGAUAGUUUGGAAAAGUUGUUUAAUGAUUUGAUGGAGAAUAAAAACACAGAAGACAACGUAUUUUUGGAAAGCAAGAUGCCGUCGCCUUUCAUUGUAGGAUGCAUGCAGUAUUUACAGCUACACAAGGAUGCUAAGAAGAGUCUCAAACAUUUUCUGUCACUAUACAUAGCUAAUUUACUUCAUAGUAACUAUUCUCCUGAGUUGACUGAAGUUUUAAUAGGUGAUUGUAAACUAGAUGCUAGGAACUAUGUCGCAAGUUGGACUGGAGAGCCUGUCUCACUCUCAGACACCAUUGUGGGAAAAGAUAACGUUCUGAAGACGAUAGCCAAUACCAUAAUAGAUGGUGAAAAUGUUUCCUUGAAGGAUGUAUUUCCCUAUUUAGAAGAGGUCACUGAGGACGGUGACUUUAUUGUUGAUAAUGUUCAAUAUAAGAUCGAUGCCACGAAGACAGUCGAUAGUUCAGAAAUGUUGAUAUGGGCUAAAUAUUUGAUAUACUGCACGAUAAGAUUAACAAACAUGGGGCAGUUGAAUGAGGAGAAACAGGAAAAAAUUGCGCAGUACUUCCAAACCAUAAUAGAAAUUGGUAAGAAGCAUCUAUACGUGGACAUAUGUCGGUCAAUAAUCUUAACGCUCUGCAAAAAUCCACAGUUCCUGAAGAUUUACAAACCUCUUAACGUUGGAAAAGAUCCAUCAAGUUUGCUCGCUACAGAAUUUCUGUUACAAGUUUUCAAGCAACAAAAAGACAUCAUAAGCUAUUUAAAUACCAAACACAAAAUAUUGAAGUCUUAUCAACAAAAGAAUUAUAAUGAAAUCGUGAAAGCGUUUAUUAAAAUUAAUAAAAGGAAAAACGUGGAUAGUCAAUAUACGAUCCAUGUUUUAGAAGUGGUGGGAUUGUCCAAUGAAGAUGAUAUAAAGCUAUUCAAUCUUAUCUUUGCUGCAGAGGUAGAUUCAUGCUUGCGAGAUGACAAAGAGCCAAGCUUAGUACUAGAAUUACUGAGGUAUUUGAUAGAGAAGUACUCUGAAACAAUUAGCUUGGAGUUGCACCAGAAUGUUUUGAAAAAGACUGUUUUUCUCUACACGAAUUUACUUUCGAACAAAGAAGUGAAUCCUAAUCUUACGAAUCUGGAGAGUGCCUUAACAAAAUAUUUUGAGAAUAAACCGCAUCAAGCCCUACGCGUUGUUGAGGACGAUUUCAAAAAGUUCUUCUAUUGCAAUAAUAUAAGAAAAUCAACUGCUAAUCUUGCAGCUAUCUUGUUGAAGUUUAACGUUAAGUUCUGCAACAUUUUUAAAGAAGAAAUUUCUAGACCCGAAAUAUUAGCUCAAAGAGAAUUAACUUUGCCUUUAGGUAAUGCUAUUGUUAACCAUAAUCAAUUCUUGCUGGACAAUAAAGAAUUCUUAGUGACUGUAUACAAUGAAUAUAAAUCUAACAUCAUAAAGAUGCUAGAAAAGCCUCAUAAGGCAGGACAGAUUUACGUGUCAUGCUGGCAAUUUAUAAGAAAGUUGUUAGUAGAAUGCAUGGACGUGCCAGACUGCCUGAAAUUGUUCAAUAAAAGCCACAAGUUUGAAGCAGUGGAGUGCAGCCACGUACAGAUACUACAAAGUGCAUUUCUUAAGGUUUGCGAAAAUUUUGCUAAGAAAGAAAAUCUUAUUAACUACUUGUUGUCCAUGUUAAACUUGACCACUAUAGCACUAAAAGAAACGAAAGAUGACGCGUUAAAUGAAAUUGUUGCGAGUGUACACACAGUUGUACAAGCCUGCAAAGUGAGUGAUGGACUGGAUAUCGAAAACAAAGAUGAUUUCAAACAAAUGAUAGAGGGCGCAGUGUGGCAGAACUUCUGUAAGGCUACAUUAAAGGAUUCGUUAAAAGUGAAAACAGCUGAUCAGGGCUACACAAUAGGACCUAAACUUCUCGCUUUGCUCACCGAACUAGUCAAACUGUUGUAUCCGGAUAGUCACGAUGAUAUAGUUACACUAUUCGACAUGGUGACAUCUCAUUCAGAGUUUUUGAACGUAAUGCUGAGUUUGCACAGCUGUGACAUUAAAUCGAGGCUAAUCGAAUUUCUGUACACACUCAUAUUGAAGAACAAAUCAGUGAUGAAAACGCAGCAUAUUCCUGUAUAUUUGAGUGCGUAUCAUGCUACGAGAAGUCCAUGUGACAGGCUUAUUGUGGCCAUUUUAUAUUUCUAUGAAACGAAUGGUCAGCCGGUUAACGAGUACAAGCCGUACGUGUGGGGUGACUCUGCUGCUAACUACUACGCUGUCCGUAAGAACAGGUCUUCAUCCUUAUGGUCGCACCCAACACCUAACCAAGUCCUGAAUCUAUUUGACAAAGAAGUAAUAGAUCGCACCGUGAGAAACUUCCCCGUCACACAGAAAUUCGAAUACCAUUAUGAGUUGAAUCCAAACAUCGGCGUGGCUAGUGACGUCACGGAUUCAGUAAGAUCUGUGCUAAAUGAGAUGUUUGAAGAUGGGGUGCUGAAGCCUUAUGUUUCGAAAGAUGGUUCGGGGGUUGUAAGGAAUUUGGCCGUGAAAGGGAAAUACGAGGAGAUUAUAUCAAAGUAUGUAGGAGGAGAUUUGUUGCAUACUUCGAACGUGGAUGAAGACGAAGGGAUAUAUGAUCCUUUGUUCGUGUUUCCCCUGUUGGGUCACUUGCUGGCGCCCGGGUCCGUGGCGUCGUGCUUCAAGCUGCUCCGGAGCGGGCUGCUGUCAGUGCCCGUGAUGGCGCUGAGCUCCCAGUGCCCCAACAUGAGGGCGGCGGCCUACCACGUGCUGUAUCGCUUCUGUAUGCUGCUGGAGACUGAAACGCGACACAAAAACGACAAGCUGUUCCUGACGGACUUCAUAAACACGUUGCGUCGCAGUCUCUCGUCUGCCGUAGACUUUUUGCAAGACUUCGACGGCCAAAGUCUGAAGAACCCAAAGCUACCCGCCAUUGACGCUCUGUACCUCGCCAGGGCUCUCAUGGUGUCUACCGCACCCUUCGACCCUUUGUACAAACCAGUUAAUAAUUUCCUGAUAGCCAAGAAUUUCGUAGAUUGCAGCCUGGUCCCAGAUUUCCUUAGCCUCUUCCACGAUAGCGAUGUGGAGUCUAUUGAGAGAAGGCUCUGGAUACUAGAUAUCAUCAGGGAUGGAACCAAGACUAUGACAGAUAUCGACGUAGUGUACAAAACUAUGUGCUUGAAGAUGAUCAUGGAUUUCUACUCUUCAGUUUUGAGUGAUAAGAAGAUUAAGGAGAGAAUCUUAGGCGUGUUAAGUUCAAUUGUAGCUGUACCGAGAGCUUUUGAGAUAUUGGUCGAAGGAUACGGACUGCUCUCGUGGCUCCACUCCGUCGUUCGUCAGACUAAUGACAGGCUGUUAAUUAAAGGAAUUUUUGGCCUCAUCAACAACAUGAUAUACAGCAUGAACAUCGCAGCUUUCUCCAGAAACAUCGCGGCGAAAAAUGGAAAAGUAAACGAUUUUAUAGAACUGAGGACAAAUAAAGAUGUGGAACAAGAAAUCUUAGUCAUACUUUAUGAUUUGUUGAAACAUUUGAAUGAUUUAGAAGUUGAAGAUGCUGCCGAUUACGUCAAGAUAUGCAGACUUAUGUCUAAGAGGACUAUAAAAAGUUUAUCGAAGAAACAAAUGUUGAGUUUAGUUAAUAAAGUAGGCGUGUAUUUUAAAGACAGUGAAGUGAUAAGGUUACUAACUAAAGCAUUGCUCGCUAAUGAUUCUCUUAUAUUAAAAAGUAAGAAUAUGAGCUUGAAUUUCGAUUGUGAACAUAAAACCAGUUUAGUAAAUACGUUGACAGAAGUUGUACAAACUUAUGUGUCAUAGGAUAGUUAAGAAAUGUUUUGUUAAUAAGAAAAAUAACAUUUUUGUUAUGGAAUACGAAAAGAUUAAUACACGCAUUAAAAGAAAAUCUA